AGUAGUGGCGUGUUGGAUGGCGCCUGCGGCUAGAUGGCGAAUUCGGCGACAUAAGUGCCAUUCAGUGCGAUGACGGUAUCCGUGGGCUAACCGAAUCGCGUUUAUUCUUACGCGCGCCAAGGGUGUUUUGAUAAAAUAAUUCGAUAGCGCCGUACAUUCGAGCUUUCGUCCGGACGGUCUCUCGCGACUAGCGUGAUUUCGUGCGCGGCGGGCGCGUUACUUGCGACGGUAAACACUAUCGUGAGUAACAUCGGCUUCAUUCGUAUCCCGGUAAGUCCGCCAUUACUGGCGUGUUCGCGUACGGUCGCAUCACUCGCAUCCGGCUUCAUCUCGAAGCUGGAAUCCCUCGUCCCGCGAGUGCAAUCAGGAAAUUCUCACGCCGCCGAUCAUGGCCCGAAGCCGAAAGGACAGCACGGGUAAGAGCGACUCCGAAACCACGGAUAAGGAGAACAAGAAGGAGAGAGGCAGAGAGAAGGAACGGAAAAAACGAGCGGCUUCCUCUUCCAGUAGUGGGUCUAGCUCAUCGGAUAGCAGCUCUGGAUCUUCGAGCUCUAGCAGUGGCAGCAGUUCCAGAUCAAGCUCCUCUUCCAGUAGCUCGUCCAGUAGUUCGCCUACUUCUUCAGCCAGUUCCAGAGAUCGUGGAAGAAAGAGAAGCCGCAGCAAAAGCGUCGACGCUACGCGGAGGCAUGAAAAUAAAGAAAAGGAGAGGGAUAAGGAAAGAGAGAGGGAAAGGGAUAGGGAUAAGGACAGAGACCGUGACAAGGAGAGGAAGAAGGGAAACAAUGCUGUCCCCGAGAAAGCUAAACAAAAAGGACGAUCCAGAUCUCCCUCGCCGCGUAGGAAGCGUAGGGAGCGUUCGCCGAUUCCUAGACCGACAAAAAUACACAUUGGCCAUCUAACACGAAAUGUUAGCAAAGAACACGUCAUGGAGAUAUUUUCGGCGUACGGUCAAAUAAAGAUGGUCGACUUUGCGCUGGAUAAGCUUCAUCCAAAUCAGGGUAGGGGAUUCGCUUAUGUCGAAUUCGAGACCGCGGACGAAGCCGAGAACGCAAUGAAACACAUGGACGGAGGGCAGAUAGACGGCCAGGAAAUCACGGCUGCUCCAGUAUUAUUGCCGAAGCCCCGGCCGUUGCCGAUGCGACGCAUGUCGCCGGGCAUGGGAAGACGCGCGCCGCCACGAUGGGGCGGCGGUGGUAGAAACACACCGCCACGUUACCGCAGACGUUCGCCGCUCAUGAACCGCCGUAGAAGUCCACGGCCACCACGGCGCCGCGGAAUACGAACUCGGUCGCGGAGCCCACCGGGAAAUCCUCGACAUCGGCAUCGUCGCUACACAAGGUCCAGCUCGAGUAGUUCCCGAUAACGCGGUUUUCCUCAUUGCAAUGUACAUACAAGAUAUCGAACUGGAUAUGACGAAUAUUGUCGUAUAGUUAUGUUAAUGCAUUAAAAAAAAAAAAAAUAACGUAUAAACGUCUUGAAGUCAUAAGGUACGUUCGUCAAUGGCGAAUCAUAGACUCGUUUAUAAAUAUCACAAUAGUUUCAUGUUUCGUCGAAGCACACUCUUGAAAUAUACUAAUUUUGCAACAUGUAUUGAUGGUCAUUCGUAGUUAACACCUCAAGUUACGAACUAGUUGUAAUAUUUACAUCGUUACGUUCACGACAUUAUCGUAAGAUAAGCAAAAAUUAUUUGUAGAAUUUAUGUAUUUAAAAAAAUUUGAUAUUAGAAUAUAUUUUUUUGUCUGUCCUCUUAAUGUCUGGUGUGCUACAAAUCAUGGAAGUUAAUUGAACAAUUUUUUAUAUGUGGAUGAACAAAGAGAUUGAAUAAAAUAAUUUUUUUAGUAAUGUAAGA